AUGUGGCACUUGGGAGACGGCCCAUCUUGGAAAUACCUGGAAUGGACCAUGGGUUCUGGUUGUCUGCGUCAGUGGGUUAGCCGCCGAGAUUACUUGGUUGAGCACUGGCAUGCUAUAAUGGUGGACGGGCUGAGUCCAACAACAGCCACCAAUGGGACGACAUAUACUGACGUCCCUAAUUUUUAUAUCACAUUUUUCGAAGAGAACAAUAAUCGCUAUUACAAUCAGACAAGCAAUAUUACAGAGGAAUACCAGUCAUUCAUAUUGCCAUGGUGGCGUCAGAUAUUAUGGACGGUGUUGUUUGCGGGCAUGGUGGUGGUGGCGACGGUGGGCAACGUCGUCGUCAUAUGGAUCGUCCUGGCGAAUAAACGAAUGAGAAGUGUCACUAAUUACUUUUUAGUGAACCUGUCAGUGGCCGACGCGAUGGUGUCGACGCUCAAUGUAACCUUCAACUUCACGUAUAUGCUCUAUUCGGAUUGGCCCUUCGGCCACUUCUACUGCAAGUUUUGUCAGUUCAUCGCCGUGCUCAGUAUAUCUGCUUCAGUCUUCACCUUGAUGGCUAUCAGUAUAGACCGGUACGUGGCAAUAAUGAGUCCUCUUAGGCCAAGACUCGGCAAGCGAGCGACUCUCGGCAUCGCCGCUGCGAUAUGGGCGGGGAGUUCAAUCAUAAGCAGUCCUAAUAUCAUUUACUUUACAACAGAUGUUGAUUUUUUGCCAGAUGGAACUACGAGGUACAAUGUAGCGUUUAUGGUACUAACAUACUUCCUGCCGAUAAUAUCUAUGACGUACACGUAUGCAAAAGUUGGCGUGGAGCUAUGGGGAUCGAAAUCCAUCGGCGAGUGUACUCAGAGGCAACUGGACAACGUGAAGAGCAAACGACGGGUGGUGAAAAUGAUGAUAGUCGUGGUAGUGAUAUUCGCAGUCUGCUGGUUACCGUUCCACGUUUACUUCGUGAUAACGUCGUACUACCCGGACGUGGUGAACUACCCGCACAUACAGGAGAUAUACCUGGCAAUCUACUGGCUCGCUAUGAGCAACUCCAUGUACAAUCCCAUCAUUUAUUGCUGGAUGAAUUCUAAGUUUAGACGAGGAUUCAAGCAAUUCUUUUGGUGUUGCGGUGCAAUGGGCGGCGGCCUCAGCCGGCAACGCGGCUUUGGUCCAGACAGACUCGAUAGAUCUAUGCGAUCUUUCUCUCCCAGCAGGAGGAACGGCACAACUCCUGACGGCGCGGCGCCCCCGGCACGUCCGGCGCGUGCGGCGACCGCGCGCAUACUGACGCGCACACGCACGCGCAUGCGCAGGAGGACCGCACGUGGAUAUGACGGGGCCGCGCGCGCCCCGCGCCCACGCCGCACGACCUCUACGGGUGAGAGUGGUAACUAUGAUCAAGUU